UCUUGUUCAUCCCAGACCAGGGCUGUUUCUAUCUUCGUAUCUUGCUAGUUUCUCAUUCCUUGCCAAGCUCCCCCUGUGCCUUGCCGGUUUCUUUGUGAAGCAUGAUAAGCUGGACAAGCGCCCGCACUUCCCACGGUUCCCAAAUUUCUCCACUAUUUUGGCGGCCGUCGUGAAUAUGUCUUGCAUGAUGAGUCUCACAGACUUCGUAUUAUUCACUCGUUAUUUUGACCUGUAGGGUGGAUUUAUAAAAUGCUUAAACCCCUUGGCUGAUCCAUACUACUCUAUUCCGCAUUAUAGACAUUCUCCGCUACAAUUUUCUGUAUUUGAGAUGAAUAAAGAAUGUUAUUUUAUUGCCAUUUCAGAGUUGGGCUACAAAACUUGCACUGAAAAUGGCACUUGGUACCUGAGCCCUGACAGUGGACACGAGUGGACAGACUACACACAGUGUUCUAACAUACAGGAGUACAAAGAGCUGCACCAUGCUAUCGUGGCCAGCAACAGUAUUACUGUUCUCUUGGCUCUUCCGGCUUGCAUUAUCUUUCUGUACUUCAGACAGCUGAGGCAGCAACAGCGCAUCCGGCUCCACGUGAGCCUCCUGGUAUCAGCUGUGCUCGUGUCCAUGUGUAAGCUGAUCUGGGAACUGACCCUCACUCGGGACCGGCUGGACACUCAACGGGAGGACAAGGGCGAGGACUCUCUGCUAGAGCGGAACCCGGUGGGUAAUUAGGCUUGGGAAAUCUUUCAUGGAGCAAAAAGAAAGACGGGAAAAAACCAGUUCCAGGGAGGGGGUUAAUGAAAAAUAGAAGCUGGAUAUGGAGGAUGGUACUUAAUGAGGCGGGGAGUGUUCUCUUUUGCAGGAAAACCACGGUGGGAAAAUGGCUUUUUGCGGAAAAUGUGUUUUGAAUGGAGAGAGGAGGAAGAGGAGGAGCAAUAGCAGGCAGCUGUAGAAAAGA